ACUGACCAAGGACAGUCACCGACCGGUACAUCUCCGGAUCGCGACGGCAUCUAUCCAUCAAAUGGCCGGACGUACGACAAGUAUCAUUUUCAAGAAAAGAAUAUCCACAUGCAAGGCAUCGAGUUGGAUGAUGAAGAAGAAGACGAGGACAUAGAUCAACUUAUCGAAGACCUAGAGUCACAAGAUGGUGAAAAUGCCGACUUCGAAGAGGAGGAGGCGCAACAACCAGGCGGUGCGCGUUUGAUUCCGGAGGAACUCUUACAGACCGACACACGCACUGGCUUGACAUCGGCUGAAGUACUGAUACGGCGUAAGAAGUUCGGCGAGAACAAGAUGAAAGAGGAGUCAACAAAUAACUGGGUAAAGUUUCUGAUGUUCUUCGUUGGUCCAAUUCAAUUCGUCAUGGAAGCUGCUGCAAUCCUUGCUGCAGGGCUCCAAGACUGGGUUGACUUUGGCGUCAUCUGUGGUUUGCUCCUCCUGAACGCAAGUGUUGGCUUCAUUCAAGAGUAUCAAGCUGGCUCCAUCGUCGAGGAGUUGAAGAAAACACUAGCUUUGAAGGCUACCGUAUUGCGCGACGGUACUUUGGUUGAGAUCGAAGCACCAGACGUGGUGCCCGGCGAUAUCCUGCAAGUGGAGGAGGGUGUAAUUGUUCCAGCUGAUGGUCGCAUCGUUACGGAAAAUGCCUUUGUGCAGGUCGACCAGUCCUCCAUCACUGGAGAAUCACUGGCUGUCGACAAACAUCGUGGAGAUACCUGUUACGCGUCUUCUGCGGUGAAACGCGGCGAGGCUUUUGUCGUGAUCACAGCCACAGGCGACUCGACGUUUGUUGGGCGUGCGGCAUCACUUGUUGCCAGCGCCUCCAGCGGACCCGGCCACUUCACACAAGUAUUGCACGGCAUUGGGACAAUCCUUCUGGUUCUGGUCAUCGUAUCAUUGCUGGUCGUUUGGAUUAGCUCUUUCUAUCGAUCCAACGAUAUCGUCACUAUCCUCCGGUUCACACUCGCGAUCACAAUAGUCGGAGUCCCGGUCGGCCUUCCUGCUGUUGUCACUACAACUAUGGCAGUGGGAGCGGCGUAUCUAGCGAAGAAACAAGCCAUUGUGCAGAAGCUCUCCGCCAUCGAAUCGCUUGCGGGUGUCGAGAUCCUGUGCUCUGACAAAACUGGAACAUUGACUAAGAACAAGCUCUCACUGGCUGAGCCAUAUACCGUUCAAGGUGUCGAUCCAGAGGACCUUAUGCUUACUGCCUGCUUAGCAGCGUCAAGAAAGAAGAAGGGCAUCGAUGCUAUCGACAAAGCUUUUCUCAAGUCUCUACGCCACUAUCCGCGUGCCAAGUAUGUGCUGAGCAAGUACAAAUGCAUCCGUUUCCAUCCGUUCGAUCCAGUGUCCAAGAAAGUUCAGGCUGUCGUUGAGUCGCCUCAAGGCGAACGCAUAACAUGCGUCAAAGGCGCUCCUCUUUUUGUGCUUCGGACUGUCGAAGAAGAUGGUUCCGUCCCACACGAGGUCGAAUUGGCCUACAAGAACAAGGUCGCAGAAUUCGCUACGCGCGGCUUUCGAUCACUCGGUGUUGCUCGCAAACGGGAAGAUGAACGUUGGGAAAUCUUGGGCAUCAUGCCAUGCUCAGAUCCUCCACGCCAUGACACGUAUCGUACGAUUAACGAGGCGAAGUCUUUGGGCCUUUCAAUCAAGAUGUUGACCGGGGACGCCGUGGGUAUUGCGCGAGAAACUUCACGCCAGCUUGGUCUAGGUACCAACAUAUUCGAUGCUGAAAAACUCGGAUUGAGUGGAGGUGGCGAGAUGCCUGGCUCGGAGUUCUACGACUUCGUCGAAGGUGCAGAUGGUUUUGCAGAAGUGUUCCCACAGCACAAGUACAACGUUGUAGAAAUUCUACAGCAGAGAGGAUACCUUGUCGCGAUGACCGGUGAUGGUGUGAACGACGCGCCGUCGUUGAAAAAAGCAGAUACUGGUAUCGCUGUACAAGGUGCUUCCGACGCUGCUUGCUCCGCUGCCGACAUCGUUUUUCUUGCCCCUGGCCUCUCUGCUAUCAUUGACGCCCUCAAAACGUCACGCCAGAUUUUCCAUCGCAUGUACGCUUACGUUGUCUACCGCAUCGCUCUGUCACUACACCUCGAGAUAUUCUUAGGUCUUUGGAUCGCUAUCCUCAACGAGAGUCUGAACCUACAGUUGGUGGUGUUCAUUGCUAUCUUCGCUGAUAUCGCGACCUUGGCUAUCGCUUACGAUAAUGCACCGUACAGCAGAACUCCGGUCAAGUGGAACCUGCCUAAACUUUGGGGAAUGUCAAUCCUCCUUGGCGUCAUUCUGGCUGUAGGCACUUGGAUCACAAUGACAACCAUGCUGCCUUACCUUACUGGCGAGCAGCAGCGUGUCGAAGGUGGCAUUGUUCAGAACCAUGGCCAGCGUGACCCAAUCCUGUUCCUCGAGAUUACAUUGACUGAGAACUGGCUGAUUUUCAUCACCCGCGCCAAUGGCCCGUUCUGGUCAUCGAUUCCUUCAUGGCAACUUGCCGGGGCGAUCCUGGUUGUUGACAUCCUUGCUACGUGUUUUACUAUUUUCGGAUGGUUUGUGGGCGGAAGAACAAACAUUGUUGCCGUGGUCCGUGUCUGGGCCUUUUCCUUCGGCAUCUUCUGUAUUAUGGCAGGAGUGUAUUACAUUUUGCAAGGCAGUCAAGGCUUCGACAACCUCAUGCACGGAAAGCUUCUCAAGAGAAAGCAAAAGCAGAGGAACCUUGAAGACUUUGUUGAUCAACAUCGCACUAUAGUCUACUUGAUGCUCAAAUACUCACGAAGCAUCAACUCUUACCUUCGACGUCAGCUCAGCCUCAACCACGCUUCGUUACACUGCCCCAAACUACCCCUCCUACCAUUGACACAGGCAUUCGCAACAAUGGCCAACCUCAACAUCACCAUUCCUAAGUUGAAACUAAACGACGGAACCUCAAUGCCAAUGCUCGGCUAUGGUACCGGCACCGCCUGGUUCAAGACUGGAGAAGAAAGCAAGAUAGAUCAGGCUAUCAUCGAUUCAGUCAAGAUCGCAACCAAGUUGGGUUACACUCAUCUUGACGGCGCAGAGGUCUACAAAACUGAGACCGAACUUGGCACAGCCAUCAAAGAAAGCGGUGUCCCGCGUGAGAAGUUGUACGUCACUACCAAGGUGAACAAUGACAACAUCAACAACAUUGCUGGAGCUAUCAAGACCAGCUUGGAGAAGUUGCAACUCGACUAUGUCGAUCUCUACCUCAUUCAUCAGCCCUGGUUCGCAGGAUCAGACGAAGAUCUUCAGAGAGCAUGGGCAGACAUGGAAGCCGUGCAAGCGGCUGGUCUCGCGAAAUCCAUCGGCGUCUCCAACUACCUUCCCAGCCAUCUUGCUGCCACUCUCAAGACUGCCAAAGUCAAACCUGUGUGCAACCAGAUCGAGCUCCACCCUUAUUUGCAACGUCCGGAGCUUCUGGAAUUCCACAAGCAGAACGGCAUCGCCACGACCGCCUACGCGCCUCUAACUCCUGCUACCAAGGCCAAGCCUGGCCCACUGGACGAUUACGUGGAGAAGCUGACGAAGAAAUAUGCUGUAAGCGAGAAUGAAAUCUACCUCAGGUGGUGCAUGGAUCAGGACAUUGUGCCGAUCACGACAAGUGGGAAGGAGCAGAGACUGAGUGAUUAUCUGAGGGCAACUACGUUCAAGUUGACGCCAAGGGAGGUCAAGGACAUCAACGAGAUCGGACAGAACAAGCACUUCCGUGGAUUCUGGAACCAUGUCUUCAAGGGUGACGAUCGGUCGUACAACUUCAACCUCCACCUCCACUCGUCGCGCAUCCACUCUCGACGCCCACCGACAUCGCGCGAUUGGCAUCUACGCAUAAGACCGCGCAUACCGUCACAUCUAACACAAGUCCAAGCGUCGCGCUGCGCAACCACCGCCGCCAUGUCAGGCGCAACCGCAAAGGGCAAGAAGCAGGUGAACAAGAACGCCUAUCGCCGGGCAAAGAAGAAGCAACAGCGCUCUGAGACCCCAUCGGAAGCCGGUGACUCUGCGCGUGAGAGCGAAUCUCCCGCACCACAAAGCGACAGCAAUAACGAAGCACAGGCGGUCAAGCCCGCGAACCUUCUCACCGUUGACGACAUCGCAAACCAAUACGACCUUGACGACCCCGUGUUUGAGGAAUACAAGAGCGUCUUCGAAAAGUUCAGGGAGCCGACAGAGGAGGAGGCGGCGACCAAGGACGAGGAGAAGCCAGAAAUCUAUCUCUCCGACGACGACAUCCCUGACGAGGACGAGGACGAUGGCAAGCCCAAGCUUUCCAAGAAGCAGAGGAAGCAGAUGAACAAGUUGUCGGUCGCGCAGCUCAAGUCGUUGGUUCCCAGGCCUGAGUUGGUCGAGUGGACAGAUGUGUCAUCCUCCAAUCCCCAGUUGCUAAUCUCGAUCAAGGGAGCGAAGAAUGUCAUACCAGUUCCGACCCACUGGUCGCUUAAACGCGAAUAUCUCUCGUCGAAACGGGGUAUCGAGAAGCCUCCGUUCGCCCUGCCCAAGUUUAUCCAGGAGACAGGCAUUGCAGAGAUGCGAGAUGCGGUUUUGGAGAAGCAAGCAGACAUGACGAUGAGGCAAAAGCAGCGAGAACGCGUGCAAGGAAAGCUCGGCAAGCUCGAUAUCGACUACGCGAAAUUAUACGAUGCCUUCUUCAGGCGACAAACGAAGCCAGAGUUGACGCGAUAUGGCGAGGUCUACUACGAGGGCAAGGAGUUCGAGACCAAUCUGGUGAAUCUCAAGCCCGGUGAGCUGAGUGAGGAGCUCCGAGAGGCACUCGGAAUGGCCCCAGGCCAUCCGCCACCUUGGCUCAUCAACAUGCAGCGAUUCGGCCCUCCACCAUCCUACCCCAACAUGCGCGUCCCUGGCGUAAACGCACCUAUCCCACCUGGCUCUUCUUGGGGGUUCCAGCCUGGCCAGUGGGGCAAGCCUCCCAUCGACGAUGCUGGUAAGCCACAGUUUGGAGGCGAUCUUUACGGGACAGCCAUAUUGGAAGAGCAGCAGCAACCAACACACGUCGGUGAGCCUGUAGAGCGCGGUAUCUGGGGAGCACUACGAGCCGAGGGCGAGAGCGAAGACGAGGAAAGUGACGAAGAAGAGGAGGAUGAGGACGAGGACGAGGAGGAAGGUGACGAAGACGCGUCUGGUAUUCAGACAUCGAUGACAACAGCAUCCGCCAUGCCAUCAGAGAUUGGAGGUGCAGAGAGUAUCGGUGGAGAAUUCCAGCUCCGAAAGCAGCGGAAAGGAAUCGAGACGGAAGAGCCAGGCGUCCCACGCAGCGCAGGUACAGUGCUUCCCGAAAAGAAUAUUUCGGUGACUGGGUUCUUCGGCGGCGAGCACGCUUAUGAUCUUGACGCAGCUAGGCGCGAUGCGCUCGGCAACGCACAGAGGAAGCGCAAGGCUGGGGACAUUGACGUCUCUGUCGACGUCGACCAGUUGGCAGAUAGCGAUAAGCUUGACAAGGACGCGCUAAAGAAAGAGUAUGAGUCAAGGCAAAGAGCCGAAGCACAAGGGCAAUGGCAGAGUAUCGAUCAAGAUGACUUGGCGGACAUGAUCAAUCAGGAGAGUAGGAAGCGUGCGAAGAGGGAGGAUGAGCGAAAGACCAAGCGCUAG